AUGUCCGAACGAUCGGAUAUCGAUGUAACCGCCUCCGAACCUAUCACGGAAAAGGACUGGUUCAUUGUUGUGUCUGAAUUUCUCGCUGUCGAAGAGUUCCAUUUAAAAAUCUGUUUGAUAUUGCUUGCUAUUCUGUGUGCAAAUAUUGCUUUGACGUUUGGUGCCUGGUCUCUCUAUGGAUCUAACAUCUCAAAUUCAUAUUCACAGUUGGAAAAAUCAGGUGGGAGUAUUGUUGCAAAGAACAAAGACAAAAGUACAGAAGAUGAGGAUGAAGGAGAAUCGUUGCAUUUUAAAAGUGACUGACUGUUAUCAUUUCUUGGGAUAUUCCUGUACAGACUGCAACUGUUCAAACUUACAAAACAUAGAAUAUGUAUCGCAUCAGAAUUCAUCAUUGCUUGCAGGUAUCACCUUCUUAAGGUGACUGUAGUGGGCAAGCUUUCCUUUGCAUGUCAAUCAAUGGUACACACACAAAUUUUGUUUUUAAAACAAUUUGAAUUAUUAAUAGUCACACUUUGAUACUAUCAAUACAAGGUUUGAAAAUUUGGAUUAUAAUCUAUUUUGUCGAGAUUUGUGAUGUAAAGAAAAAGUUAUAUUGAUAGGGAGUCUG